AUGAAUAGCAUUCAAGCAGCGAGCAAAAAGUUUCUUCAAUCCUACAAGAAGAAUACGCCGACCAACUUGAAGCUGAUUGACGUGUACCUCGUCUAUAUUCUGUGCUCCGGCAUUCUUCAGUUCAUGUACAUGGUGGCCGCCGGCACGUUCCCCUACAACGCUUUCUUGGCCGGGUUUAUCUCCACUGUGGGCAGCUUCGUUCUUGCAGCCAAUCUACGAAUUCAGACAAACGCGCAAAAUACCGAUUUAUUCAAGUCGAUUUCACCGGAACGUGCAUUUGCCGAUUUUGUAGUGUGCUCUCUUUUAUUACACUUUUUCUGCGUCAAUUAUCUGGGUUAA